AUGGAUGAGAAUACGCGAACGUCAAAACGGGCCAGGAGAUCUUGCGAGCGUUGUAGAAGACGGAAACAGAGAUGUCACGGAUUUCCGGUUUGCGGCAAUUGUGCCAGUGCGAACGAGGACUGCGUGCAGCCUCCUUCUGCAAUUGAAGACGGCCCGAAUCAAGCGCUUCUUGAGCGGAUAUCCUUCCUCGAAGCCCAGCUGGCAGCUUAUGCAAAUGCUCCUCCGCUCAAACAGCACGAAGCUUCCCAGGACUAUUACGAGCCGCACCAUGUGGUAUCCCCGACGUCAUCAGGGGGCCGGAGAAGAAGCACUAUUGCGGAUGCUGUUGGAUUUUUGAGUCUUGGAGGAGAAGCUGCAUAUGUUGGAUCUGCCUCAGGGUUCUCCCUGGCUACGAAUCUGGGGCAUAUGGUACAAGCUACAGUAUGGAACAAAGCAUUGGCAUCUGCCCUGAACCAGAGCCAGACCAAGGCAAUGAGCAUUGCGGAUUUGAAGAGGAAUAGCGCUGGGCCACCAAACGACGAGAUGGGAAGGAGGAUUUUGGAUGCGUAUUUUACCAAGUUGCAUCUCCGGUAUCCGUUCCUGGAUAGGGCUGAUAUUUUAGAACGGCAUGCCAACCGAUUCGUGCAGAGUAAUUCGAGCCCUCAAGACCAGUUUGGGACGUUCAAGAUCUACAUGUUAUACGCCAUUGGGGCCACAAUAUUGAAGUUAACGGAGCAGUAUAGUUACACACCUCCUGAGAACUUCUUCAUGACUGCACUGCAAUAUAUAUCCGCAGCUCGGGAGUCUCAUUCCGUCCAUAACAUUGAAGCAAUGACUCUACUCGUUCUGUACAAUCUUCGCUCACCAUCCAACUCUGGAAUCUGGUACAUGAUCGGCCUUGCGAUGAGGACCUGUGUUGACUUGGGCUUACAUCGAGAAGCACAUUACGCAAUCGUCCCACCAUAUGAGGGACAGUUGAGGAGGCGAUUAUUCUGGACAGUUUACUUCCUCGAGCGGGUAAUUGCUGUUUCUCUGGGGCGGCCCUACAGCAUCGCUGACCGAGAUAUCGAUGCCUCUCUCCCCCUCGAAAUCGACGACACUGUCCGAGACGAUGGACUAAUUGCCCGUACUUUGGCAGUUUCGCGCUCCCCAACUUUCCAAGCCUCUCGCCCGUCGUCAAAUAUCACCCUUGGAAUUCAGUGCAUCCGGCUGAAGCGGUUGGAAUCUCACAUCCAAGAGACAAUAUACCGUGUCGACCGGCCAAUCACGAGUCUCGUAUGCAAGUUAUGCCCUACUUUGAAGAUGCUCGAAGAUUGGCAUAGUGCUCUCCCUCCAUCAACACCAUAUGAAACUGAUUAUCUCGAUCUGCAUUAUUACAAGGCAGUGCGUCUCCUUCUGCAGCCGUUCCUCACGGUCCUGCCACCGACAGACCAGCGCAUUGCUCUAUGUUUGAAGUCUUCCGGUCACAUAUGCCAGAUCUUCAAACGCUUGCAUCAGAGAGAUUCCUACGCGCAUUCCUUCAUUGCUCUGCACUCCGUCUUCAUCGCCGGUAUAACUAUGUGUUACUGCCUAUUCCUCUCCCCCAACCUCUGGAACAUGUCCGUCUCCAACGACCUGCGCGCCUGCUCCUCAGCCCUCAUCGUGAUGGCCGAACGCACCCCGGGAGUCAAACGCUACCGCGACGCCUUCGAGACCGUCAUCAGCUCCACCAUGAAAUUCCUAGCUCGGUCCCCUCCCCCCCCAUCCCAAGACGCCGUUCUAGAUGACACGCCCACCCAGCCACCAAGUCCCAUGACGGAAACAGCCCCCGAAACAUCCCAGGACACGCCGCCCGGAAACCUAACCACCAGCGUCUCGCCAUCCAGCACCUCUCCAAAGCGCACCAUCUCACCAAGUAGGAUCAGCAGUCCAGACGAAAUCUCUCCAAACCCCAUCGUCGAAAACCCAGAGUGCGUCAUGGUACCACCACCAUCUAGCUCUCUCCCAGAUCUUGGGAGUGGGAGUAGCAGUCCGGGGCCGGCGGGCCGCUGGGAAGGCCGCCAUGGAGAGAUGGGCCAGCUGGAUGCCGAGUGGUUGCUUAGCCUGUGCGACGGCGGCGGGUUCAGCUUGUCGAUGCUGAACGAGAUGAUGAGGUUCGAGCCUAGGUUGGGGGCGUGA